ACCAGCAGAAAUAGGAACCUAUAUGGACUCUGUUAUAUAAAACACCUUAAUAAAGCCGAGUAUUCGGAUAAGUUGAUACGGAACGACAUUUCACGUGGUCCUCUAAAGUACUGUAAACAUCAGCUGUCUGUUUUCUUGGGGUCAGUUUCACCUGAUAAUUGUCUUGUUUGUAUCAAGGUGUCAACUUUCAAAGCAACAAGUUUAACCAAGACAUAUAGUUUCGGAAAUAACUAAAUUAAACAUCACGUACAAAGACUGAUUUCAGAGAGCAACCUUACGAUUUUUGACAAAACACAAAGAGUAUGAGGCAUUUGAAACUAAAAUGCGUAAACACAGCCAGUAUAUCAUGUUAAGGGAUAGUUGGUACGUUUACUUGUAAUUCAAUUUUAUAACCGUCUCAGCAAUCGUACAUAACUUACUUGUUUAUACUAUAUUAUGUGACUUUGACUUCAGGAACAGUGAUUACGAUACACCUUAUAGUUUUCCUAUGUUUCUAGUCUUGACAAUAAGGUAGAGAUAGCGAGGAAAGGUUAUUAUAGGUAAUUGUCACUUAUUAACGAUCACCUGCCUAUAUUUUCAAAACUUUUUUCUUCCUACAGGAUGUCAUGAUACCCAAUUCUAGUAUAUGUACGGCUGAAUGUACUCAACCUACAUCUGAUUGGACAAAUGAUCCAUCUUGGAUUAUGAAUAUGCAGGCAUUUUCCACAGAUAAAUCUCAUCGGUCAUCUAAUAAUUCAUCACAAGAUGUAUCUAAAUUAGAAGUUUUAUCUAUGAUGAGAGAUGCAAAACGACGUCGUCAAAGCUAUAGAGGAAUACAUACUGCAAGAAAAUCUUAUACUGAAGUAUUACGUGAAAUUAUAGCACAACACACUGAAAUGUUGACAGCCAGUCAAGAAUUGUCAGAACAACAGUUUCAAGAUAGAAGAUCUAAUAGUGUAGAAUCACUUUCAAAUCAAACUGAAAAUGUUCAUAAAAGAAGUCACUAUUCACAUAAAUAUAAAACACCGGAUACUUCACGAAUACAACACUAUUCUCCUUCGAAUUCUCCAUCGUCAUCAUCAACAACUCGACGAUACAAAGAAACUUAUAGAAAUACAUCCAAAUCAACUUUAAAGCAUACACAUCAUCAAUCAUCCAAAUGGAAUGAUAGAAGACAAUCAUCAUCAGCAUUAUCACCAUCAUCAUCAGCAAUAUCACCAUCAUUAUCAUCAUCAUCUAAACAUAGGACUUCUAGUUCAGAGAUGAACAAAAGUUUUCAUCAUGAUAAUGAUGUUGUUUCUCCGGUGCAUAAAAAGUUAAAAAAACACAAAAAACAUUCUAAACAUAAACAUAAACAUAAAAGUAAGAAGUAA